CAGCCUCAUUGCUGUAACACGAGCUGGCUUUUCACCUACUUUAGAAAGCUGAUACAUAAGACAGCAGACAUGUGUUACUCUCCUGCCAGCUGAUAUUGGAUCAGGUUUUAUGGGUCUUUUCCUAACCAUGGUGAUUACCAGCCGAGUAGCGGGUUUGGGUUUGUUCCAAUUUCAUAUUAAAUUGAUGUAUCCAUAGUGUGGCUCAAAACCAAGUCAAAAGAGAAAAACGUUACUCUGCUUUCCAACCGAAUGAAUAUGUAAGAGACUGAAAUCUGUGUUUGUGUGUAUGUGAGUGUGUACGCGCUCAUGUGUGUAAGGUGUAGGUGCACAAUGACCGGUGGGCUUUAAAUAUUAAAGAACGAGGAAGCACACAGUUUUGUCCUCUGUGCUAAAGACUCUAAAGUGGUUCGAAAGGACAACAACGACCGAGCCAGAUGAAAUAAUAGUGACCUCAGCGAGUGUUUGUAAGCCUUCGUGUGAAUGGAGACGAUCAUAAUCCAGCUGUGAACGACAGGAUGGGGACUCAUGAGGAAAACAUGAUAAGAUGGUUGAUGGUGGAAACUAAACUUGCGUCCAUGCUGACAUGCACGGCUCUGUGACACCGGGACUGGAUCUACAAGCAGUCUGUACAUCCUGAGAGCAGGAUGAUGGAGGACGUAGUCGCUGCAUCAGACGCUGCAGCCGAGGAAGAUGAGGUCGCGGCAGCCCAGUCUUCUAGAGACAGCCGCAAGCUGGACUGUAUUAUCUGUUACAGCGCCUAUAACCUGGUAGAGAGACUUCCGCGGAAGCUCUACUGUGGCCAUACCUUCUGUCAGGACUGUCUGAGACGACUGGAUACGGUCAUCAACGAGCAGUUGUGGAUCCCUUGUCCUCAGUGCCGUCAGAACACUCCUGUACCUCGAGGAGGCGCCGUGGGGCUGGACCUGGACCUGGCUGCGUUUUUGGGUGUCAAAGCUGAGGUGGAGAACCAGCGAAGCAGCCCACAGAAAGCUCCUCUGGAGACCAAGUUGUCGUUUGUUAAGCAGCCAAUCACGGAUCAGCCUCCGUCUGCGUGGCCCAACAUGGCACUGAGCGAGCCUCGCUUCCACACCAGCCCCUGCUGUAGACACUGCCGCUUCUGCUGCUGGUGGUGUUAGAACCACGAGGACGUGUGCACACACAACUACAUCUUGAUAUGAGGGGUAAUUAGGUGUUGGGAAAAUAUACGAGGGCAAGGAAGCUAAAUGAAAUCAGACUGGAUUUAAUCUUCCAAAAGAAGAAAAAGUUAAAGGUAUAUAUUUUUGGCUUGUGUUUGUGUUUCCUUAUAAGAUAAGGUUUAGUGUAGAAACCCUUUAGCAAACUCUUAACUAUCCCAAAGAACUGCUCUGGAAAUCCUUGUAGUAGAAGAGUCUAAUUAGCAGUUUUUAAGCUGUUGUGUGAGAUGUGCUCCAUCACGUGGCAUCAAAUAACUCUGCAACUCGACACCGCCGCAAAGACGAGACAAAGACAUGGAACUGUAUUCAUGUUUUUAAUAAAAACACACGGUCAAUGGAAGGACAUAAAAGAAAAGGCUGAAUAAAAAUAAGUUGUAAGCCUGAUCUAACAUCUGGGUUUUUGGGUCGAAAAGAAAAAGAACCAAAAAACUAAAAUGAUUCAGAAACUUGAAUUUUUCUCCAACCAGGAGUUAUGAAAUCCACCUUACUCCUGCAUCUUCGAACAAUACCGCACCGUAUCUUCUUCAGUCAGCCACCCAGAGUUUGAAGGUGCGGUCAUACGAGCAGGUGGCAAUGAACUGUCCAUCAGGAGACAGGUCCAGUCCCAUCACUUUGCCUUCGUGUCCCGCCAGGGUCUUCAGAGGAGACCAUCCAGGGUGAGUCCAGACUUUCGCCAUGUUGUCAUAAGCACCAGUUAGCAAGUAAUGACCGUCUGUAGCUGCAGGGUAAAACAAGCAGAUAUAAACAAGCAGAGCUCGAUGCAGACUCAACUUCCAGUUCUUCUUAUUACUAUAUUUAAUAAAUUCUUUCUAUAAUUAAUGUACUUCAAACAUGAAGAGAGCUAUUGAUUAAAAGAAUAGGUCACUGUUUAGAUCAAAAUCCAUACUCUAACCUGGUCUUUUUGCUGGUCAUUCACAAUAACUCGUUCUCGAGAGAUCAUGCUCCUGAAAAAUCUCAUUGUGUGAUCCGAUUUGUCCAAAAUGACAACCUGUUCACUACAUAGUGCCCUAUUUUAUGUUAGACCACAAGUGUUGACAUCAAAUUUUGUGGUUUUUCAGUAUCAGAUUUUUGGAAUAAAUAAACAAAAAAGGAAAAAACACCACUUUUGGUCCACAUCAUGGCAGCCUGUCAUUAGACAUCAUAUCAGACAGCAUCAAUAGAGAAAAUCUCCUGUUAUCAUGAAAUCCCACAAUGUACACUUAUAUUGCCAACAGUUUUGGAACACCCCUCCAAAUCAUUGAAUUCGUGCGUUGUUGUUCCAGUGAAAGGAACUCUUAAUGCUUCAGCAUACCAAGACAUUUUGAACAAAAUUUCAUGCUCCCAACUUUGUGGGAACAGUUUUGGGAUGACCGCUUCCUGUUCCAACAUGACUGCACACCAGUACACAAAGCAAGGUCCAUAAAGACAUAGAUGAGCGAGUUUGGUGUGGAGGAACUUGACUGGACUGCACAGAGUCCUGACCUCAACCUGACAGAACACCUUUGGGAUGAAUUAGAGCGGAGACUGCGAGCCAGACCAAAACUGGGAGGUCUGCUUUUAUAUGCACAUGAACUUAAUAUGCAGUUGGCCCUGCAGAGAACACAGCCAUGUGCUCAGAUUUCUAACUGCUCUCUUUAUUGUUUAUUUGCUCUUCCUAUGACUGCUAAUAUUAGAAGGUAAUUCCACCGUUCCACUCUUACACGGUCAGACAUAAAUAUAAAUAAACAAAGAACUGAAGUGGAAAUGUGGGACAGAUUUGAAACUUUACAAACACUUACGCUGGAACUUGACAGAGGACAGAAGGUUCUGGUGAGCGGGGAUGGUGUAAAUGCACCUCCUCUUCCGCAGGUCCCACACUUUACACGUGUUGUCGCCGCUCCCUGUAGCUACGUGAAAGCUGCACCCCACACACACACACACACACACACACACACACACACACACACACACACACACACACACACACACACACACACACACACACACACACACACACACACACACACACACACACACACACA